AUGAAGACCCCCUUCCUUGCGUUGGCAGCCCUCUUGGCCACCACGGCCUACGGCGAUCUUCUUGAUCCCCUUCCCGAAUCAGCCAGUAAGAAGGAGCUCCGCUUCCAACCUCUCAUGGACUUUGACCACGACGGCUGCUACGCCACGGCCGCCAUCGGCCGAGAGGGCAAGAUGAACCCCGGUCUCUCACAUAUUGAGGCCUCGGUCUCGCAUGGCUGCCGCGAUGGUCGGCUCCAGUUCAGCAACGCCUACUCUCGCAAGCGCUGUAACCACGGGUACUGUGCUAUCAUGUACGAGUAUUACUUUGAGAAGGAUCUCGCUGGGGCUUUCACUGGGCAUCGACAUCAAUUUGAGAAUGUUGUCGUGUUCACCAAGGGCAACAAGAUUGUUCGUGUGGCUGCCACGGAACGCGGCAACAAGGAGUACAAGUACAGGUUGAACUGCUACGGGAGCACAUGCAAAAUCCCCAUGUUGAACGGCCAUCCUCUGGUCGUCUACCACAAAGUCAGAUGGGACAUGCACGAAAUCCGCUUCGCCAAGGAGAAGCGCCAUUCCGAUGAAGGAUCAACAAGCCACGACAUCGAAGAACCGGAAAAUGAGACUGGAAAGUGGUUCCGCAGUCCGUUGAUCGGAUAUGAUGAUUGGGAUGACGACGAGCUCCUGGCAAGGUACCUCCAGUUCCAUGACAAGUGGAACAAGCCGCAUAUCCGUGAUAAGACAUUUGGACACGCGCUCAAAAAGGCGGCUGGCAGUUUCAAGGCUGUUCCUGGGUUUGAUCCUUACCAGGUGAAAAACGAUGAGGACGACGAUGAGGUUGUGGUCGCCGUGAAGUCAAAGCAUGAUUAA